AGUUGGUCUCUGAGAGCAGCCAGGCGCAGGCCCAGGAGACGGGCCAACAGCUGGUUCCUCCGGUCGCGGGGAGACAUCCGCAGGAAUGCACCACCAUCAGAGGUUGAAUUAUCCCUAUCAUUUGUUAGCCAUUUUAUAAAAUUAGAGAAUUAAAAUAAACACUAUGUCUGAUGAAGUUUUUAGCACAACUUUGGCAUAUACAAAGAGUCCAAAAGUCACCAAAAGAACUACUUUCCAGGAUGAACUAAUAAAAGCAAUUACAGCUCGCUCAACCAGACAAAAAAGUUCUGAAUACUCAGAUGACUUUGACAGUGAUGAGAUUGUUUCCUUAGGUGACUUUUCUGACACCUCAGUAGAUGAAAAUUCAGUUAAGAAAAGGAUUAAUGAUUUUCAUAUAUCAGAUGAUGAAGAAAAGAAUUCUCCAAAACUGUCUUUUUUGAAAACCAAGAAAUCAAUGAAUGAUGUGAGGAAAGAUGAGCCAGUCGUCUCUAUCAAAAACGAUGAGAUGGCACCUGAUGGUGGUAACGGCAUGAUUGUAAAUCCCUUAUCUGAAUCUCAAAAUAAACAACAAGAAACUGAAAAGGAGAAAAUUAAAAUGGCAACGAAACCUAAAAUUCUUCCAAUCAAAAGCACAUCUUCAGAAAAUAACAGCAGCCUUGAAGCAGACAACCACUUUAAGCCUUCACCUCGGCCAAGGAGCAUGUUGAGAAAGCACAGCCACAGGGAGGAGAAAGACAGGCUAGGAGAAGACAAAGACACUGCCCUCCAUGAAGAGUUAGAGGCACAUUCUGCACCAUCGUGCCUCCCAAGGCUGAAUGGCAGACAACCAGAAGCUGAGGAAAAUGUAUUCUCUGAAAACCUUGACCCUGAGGAUGCAUGGUUAACAAGUCUAUCAUCAUCAUCCCUUAAAGAAAGUCUCGGAAAUUCCUCUUCACCAGUAUCUGGGGAAAAAGCCUCCAUUACAGAUCAGAAUGAAGAAUGCACUGAAAACCAUAAUUCCUUGAAAUCAAUUGAAAAUGAAGAGAACUCAUUUUUGAUAGACUUUGUUACUACACUUGAGAAACCCAAGGAAAGUCAAGUGACUACUGAUGACCUUGAAGAAGAAAAGGAGAAAACUGAACUGAUUAUGAGUGAUGACUUAACAGUUGAUGAUCCACCACUAUUUCAACUUCAGAGUAUCUUAUGCACUGAGUCUGUAAAGAAAAUAAUUCAAGAUAGAAAUAUGAAGAAUAAAAAGUCAACAAAUAAUAGAGCAUCCAAUGCAUCUGGCAGAUUAGUGACCUCUGAGUUCUUAAAGAAACCUGGUUCUCUAAGGAGAACUCCGUUGACAGUUCCCACUUCUCACUAUUUAGGGACUUUGAGAGUCUUGGACCAAAAGCCUUCACAGAAACAGAACACAGAACCUGACAGAGCAGAUAACAUAAGGGCAGCUGUUUAUCAGGAGUGGUUAGAAAAGAAAAAUAUUUAUUUACAUGAAAUGCACAGAGUUAAAAGAAUCGAAAGUGAAAACUUAAGGAUUCAAAAUGAACAGAAAAGAGCUGUUAAGAGAGAAGAAGCCUUAGCAUCAUUUGAGGCCUGGAAAUCCAUGAAAGAAAAGGAAGCAAAGAAGGUAGCUGCAAAAAAAAGGCUUGAGGAAAAAAAUAAGAAGAAAACUGAAGAAGAAAGUGCUGUGAGAAAAAGAGAAGCACUACAAUCUUUUGAAAAAUGGAAAGAGAAAAAGAUGGAAUAUCUUAAAGAGAAAAGUAAAAAGGAGAAAGAAUAUGAAAGAGCAAAGAAACAGAAAGAGGAGGAAACUGUUGCUGAGAAAAGGAAAGAUAACUUAACUGCUGUUGAAAAAUGGAAUGAAAAAAAGGAAGCUUUUUUCAAGGAAAAGGAAAAAGAGAAAAGAAAUGAGAAAAGAAAAGAAGAACUGAAAAGAGCUGAGAAAAAAGAUAAAGAUAAACAAGCUCUUGAUGAAUAUGAAAAAUGGCUGGAAAAAAAAGAAAAGAAGGGAAGAACUGAACGAAAACCAAAGAAACAUCAUCCCUUUCUUGAAAAUGAGGCACUUCCUCCAUGGAGCCCUCCAAGCAGAACUGUGUUCUCAAAAGUGUCUUGAUAAUUCUUAUUCUUGCAUUAUUUAGUUAUUUAUCAAUUCACCAAUUUUAGCCAAUCUAAAUUUAAAACUAUUCAAUUAUUUAUAGUUAGAAGAGUCUAUUUUAAUUAAAUGCUGGUCACUUCUGCUGACAAUGAAAAAGAUGCUUUAUAGUUUAAUCAGUGAAAGCAUUGAAAGCAUUUUGAACUGUAGAUAAACUGCUUCAAAUGAAGAGCUAAUAAUCAGAUUGCUUUUAUCAUUGAAAUACAUAACCCUUUAUCAUGUCCUGAUAAUUCUUAUAGUCUGAUGAUCCAUGAUCACUUUCCCUAACCUGUUCAUGUUAUUAGUAUGUUUAUUCUCCAAUAUAAAAAGAAAACCAGGGCUUCCCUGGUGGCGCAGUGGUUGAGAAUCUGCCUGCCGAUGCAGGGGACAUGGGUUCGUGCCUCGGUCCAGGAAGAUCCCACAUGCCAUGGAGCGGCUGGGCCCGUGAGCCAUGGCUGCUGAGCCUGCGCAUCCGGAGACUGUGCUCCACAACCGGAGAGGCCACAGCAGUGAGAGGCCCGCAUACCACAAAAAAAUAAAUAAAAUAAAAAAAUAAAAAGAAAUAAAAAGAAAACCAUCUAGGUACCAUAAUCAUAGAAAUAAUUCAUUUUGUGAAUGAUUGCACAUCUAGAUUCGGGUUUUAAAAUGAAUGGUCACUGGGGUGUAUGCAAAGAAGGUGCAAGAAAUGGUUAACAAAGACCUAGAAGAAUUAAAGAAAAAAACAACUGGAAGACUUAAAGAACAAACAGAGAUGAACAACACAAUAACUGAAAUGAAAACUACACUAGAAGGAAUCAAUAGCAGAAUAACUGGGGCAGAAGAACGGAUAAGUGAUCUGGAAGACAGAAUGGUAGAAUUCACUGCCAUGGAACAGAAUAAAGAAAAAAGAAUAAAAAGAAAUUAAGGCAGCCUAAGAGACUUCUGGGACAACAUUAAACACAAAAAUGUUCACAUUAUAAGGGUCCCAAAGGGGAAGAGAGAGAGAAAGGACCCAAGAAAAUAUUUGAAGAGAUUAUAGUUGAAAACUUCCAUAACAUGGGAAAGGAAAUAGCCACCCAGGUCCAGGAAGCACAGAGAGUCCCAAGCAGGAUAAACCCAAGGAGAAACAGGCUGAGACACAUAAUAAUCAAAUUGGCAAAAAUUAACGACAAAGAAAAAUUAUUGAAAGCAGCAAGGGGAAAAAAACAAUUAACAAACAAGGGAACUCCCAUAAGGUUAACAGCUGAUUUCUCAGCAGAAACUCUACAAGCCAGAACAGAGUGGCAUAAUAUACUUAAAGGGAUGAAAGGGACAAACCUACAACCAAGAUUACUCUACCAGACAAGGAUCUCAUUCAGUUUUGACAGAGAAAUCAAAAGCUUUACAGACAAGCAACAGCUAAGGGAAUUCAGUACCACCAAACCAGCUCUACAACAAAUGCUAAAGGAACUUCUCUAAUUGAGAAACACAAGAGAAGAAAAGGACCUACAAAAACAAACCCCAAACAAUUAAGAAAAAGGUAAUUGGAACAUACAUAUUGAUAAUUACCUUAAACAUAAAUGGAUUAAAUGCUUCAACCAAAAGACACAGGCUUGCUGAAUGGACACAAAAACAAGACAUAUAUAUAUAUGUUGUCUACAAGAGACCCACUUCAGACCUAGGGACACAUUCAGUCUGAAAGCGAAGGGAUGAAAAAAGAUAUUCCAUGUAAUUGGAAAUCAAAAGAAAGCUGGAGUAGCAACACUCAUAUCAGAUAAAAUAGACUUUAAAAUAAAGAAUGUUACAAGAGACAAGGAAGGCCACUACAUAAUGAUCAAGAGAUCAAUCCACCCAUCAUAGGAGCACUUCAAUACAUAAGGCAACUGCUAACAGCUAUAAAAGAGGAAAUCAACAGUAACACAAUAAAAGUGGGGGACUUUAACACCUCACUUACACCAAUGGACAGAUCAUCCAAACAGAAAAUAAAUAAGGAAACACAAGCUUUAAAUGACACAAUAGACCAGAGAGAUUUAAUUGAUAUUUAUAGGACAUUCCAUCCCAAAACAGCAGAUUACACUUUCUUCUCCAGUGCACAUGGAACAUUCUCCAGGAUAGGUCACAUCUUGGGUCACAAAUCAUGCCUCAGUAAAUUUAAAAAUUGAAAUAAUAUCAAGCAUCUUUUUUGACCACAACACUAUGAGAUUAUAAAUGAAUUACAGGGAAAAACACAUAAAAAACACAAACACAUGCAGCCUAAACAAUACAUUACUAAAUAACCAAGAGAUCACUGAAGAAAUCAAAGAGGAAAUCGAAAAAUACCUA